CUCUCUCUCUCUCUCUCACUAGCUCUCCCUCUCUCUCAGCAUCACGUGUGCGCGUGUGGCUUCGUCUCGGCGCAUUUCUCUCUCUCCCCUCUAAGUGAGCGGGUGAGUGAGUGAGGGAGAGGAGUGUGUGUGUGAGGCUGCAGCUUUCCUCAGGGCUCCUGCCUCUCUCUCUGUGUCUCAUACACACACUUACACAUACUCGCACAGCCGGUCCCAGACGCUCCGUCUGCAGCCCCUCUCUCUCUCUCUCUCGUCUGGGACAGAAGAGAGAAGAGAGAGAAGGACGGAUUUCAGAAAGGAAAAAAGGAGAGGGCACCAUGCUUCCAGACACUUCGGCUCAAGGCUGAGGGGAACACGGGUUGAGGAUGGAAAACGGAGAGAAAGAGGAGAGGAGGACGAGCGGCUGAAGGAGGAGUGCGGCGCUUUCCCUUUUAUUUUCAUUCAUUCGGGGGCUGACGCUGCUGCUGCUGCUGUUGCAUCGUACAUAGCUCUCUCUCUCUCUCUCUCUCUCUCUCAUCUAUCUAUCCGUCCGUCCGCGCAGAGGACGCUUCAUUAAGCCUGAACUGACAGCUCUCGUGGUUUUAGUGUAAUCUCCUGCAGCGUCUGGGUUCUAGAUAACUGGAUAUAACACACUUUCAGACAAAGGACACCAUAUAUGGAAUGAGCACUUGGAUAUUUCCCAUGAUAAGGAUGUACAACAUUUUGUCUUGACACGACUGCUUCUAAGGGCACGUUUUCUCUAGACGUUUUUCUUCAUCCCUCAGGGUUGGCUUUCAAAACUCAUACGUGUUUUUGCCUGCUUUUUGUCGGUCACCACUGGAUAUAAAACCAGUUCUGCUUCCCUGCAUCUGGAGUGCAAACAGGCUAAAAUUUUGCCCUCCAUGGUUUCUGCCCAUCUAAAGAAGCUAUCGUCUUAUAUUUUAAAGAUUUGCAAAGGAAUGUUUACAAAGAAACUGGCAAAUACCACAAAGAAGAAAGAGAGUAGCGAAAAUAAAAAAGAGCCAAAAUCGUCCCCCGAAUUGCACGCUCGGAAUCCAACCUUUUCUACCACACUGAAAAGCACAGUUAAAAAGAUAUCUAAAUGCUCGUCAGCACGCAAUAUAUCUCUUGAGGAAGACGACGGUAAAAACGACUGCUCUUCUCUUUCUCCCACGUUCAGUUACCGUGUGGCGAUUGCUAACGGACUCCAGAAAAAUGCUCUUCCGUUAAAUAAUGAAUUUCACGAAGUGUUGUCCAUUGAUACUAGUUACUCUGACUCUCUAAACGAGGCCAAACUUGUGCAUAGAUUCGAUGAACAAAAAGCUUACACAAUGCCAGUAAGAAGGAACAGGAAGAGUAUGAUUAGCUUGGCGCCCUCUGAUGGCAGCUCAGAGGGCGAGCGGGGAGAGCGCACCAGUCUCCACACCCUCCGCCUAGGUGCUCUGAAAAAGCUGAGGAAGUGGAAGAAGAGCCAGGAAUGUGUCUCUUCAGAUUCUGAGGCCAGCAAUUGGAGAAAAACUCUUGGCAUCCGGAGCAAGUCUCUGGAUCGGGCUGGGAGACAGCAAAAAACAUCUACCUUGGAGCCAGGAUCCAGCUCCACAGGUUGCAUCAGUCAAACACAGGAUGUGAUGGAGAUGAUCUUCAAAGAGCUUCAGGGAAUCAGCCAAAUAGAGUCUGAGCUCUCAGAGCUGAGAGGGCACGUUAAUGCUCUCAAAAGCUCCAUCGAUGAGAUCUCCAGCAGUGUGGAGGUGGUGCAGAGUGAAAUCGAGCAGCUUCGCUCUGGAUUUGUGCAGUCCAGGAGAGAGACUCGAGACAUCCAUGACUACAUCAGGCAGAUUAGCCGUCAGACCAACAAAGCUACUUUGAGAUUCUUAAACGUGCCUGAGGAGAAGUUCGAGAGGACUGAGGAACUCAUUUAUCAGAUCUUGAAAGAGAAAAUGGGUUUCGUUGAAGCACACAAGACACUUAAAAUUGAACUCGCCCAUCGAUUGGGGCAACAAAGAGAAUGUUCAAAUGCUAAACCUCGCCCUAUAAUUGUUAUUUUUGCAACUCCCCAAGACAGGGACUUAGUUUUGAAAAAAUGUUAUAAGCUCAAAGGAACUGGAAUAUCGAUCUCAACCGACAGUCUUGCACAUGACUCAAAAGACAAGAAGGGGAUGAGCUCUUCCCAGACUUACGAAAGCAUGGAUAUUAAAGUGUCGGCCAAAGAAAAGGCCGAGAGUGAUGACUGGGACUCAAUGGACAGUGAUAAAGAGCUAGAUGAAUUAAAUAAAAACAAAUAUGCAAUUGUGUCCAAACCACCUCAGAAAAUUAAAUCUGACAAAAAAAAAUCCCACGAUCACAGGCGUUCUGCAGAUGACACCGCUUACUCUGUGCAUUAUGCAGAUGAUACUGCUUACGAUGACAAGCAACACAAAUCUUAUUAUUCUGAUAUAACUCCUGGCUGGCUCUCUCAGAGUGACUACUCAACUCCUAAACUCAGUCGGUCAGAAUCAGACUGCUCCAAACUGUGUCAGUCCUACUCCGAGGAUUUCUCAGAGAGCCAGUACUUCAGCAGAGCAAAUGGUUGCUCCCUGCUCUCUUCUUCAGAUCAGGAGCUCUGGCAGCGGAAACAAGAAGACAUGGCUUCCUCCUGGUAUGCAAGUCCGCCCAGCCAAACCCUCAGUCAGGAAAACCCUCCGUAUGUGGAACACAAUGAAGUUGAGACCACAGAGACCAUUGACAGUGGUGUCAGUAAUGGUCUGGUGUGUAUAUCAGGGGACAGAAGUCACUAUAGUGGUUCUCAGCUCUCACUGCAAGGUGACCUCUCACCUUGGAAAGACUGGCAUCACCUUGAACAAGGUGCUGACUCAGGCUUAGAUGCCUCAACUGAGCAAAAUAUAGUUUCAGAAAUCAGUAGCCCCUUUGAUCCUGCUGCUAAUCCUGGGUUCCCAGAGAAAAUUACAAAAUGCCUUGAGGUCGAUUUACAGUUUGAGGGCGAGACCUUUUUGACAUUUGACAGUACACCUGAGACAACCCAGGAGGUCGAUGUGGAGCCUGAACCUAUUCUUGAACCUGAGUUAGAGCCCGAGCUGGAACCUGAACUGGAGCCUGAGCCAGCACCCGAACCAGAACCUGAACCAGAACCUGUGAUUGAAGCUGUGGUACAACCCAUGUCAGUGCCAGUACCAGUUCCAGAGCCUAAAAAAGAGACAAAAACAGAAAAGAAACAGAAGACCAAGCCGAAGGCCCAUUCAAAGCCAGAGUCAGCCCCUCAGACACUGCAACGACCGGAGGUCAAGGGGAACCAUUUACAACAAAAUCAGAAGUCUUCCUCUAUGUACCGUAGUCAGAGUGAGAUCAGGACUGAGAAGGUGGAAGAGGUCCCCAAAUCCUGGAGCAGCAGGCUGAGCAUAGACCUAUCUGAGAAAACCUUCAGCUUUGGAGGUUUUGGGUCCACCCUGCAGAGAGCAAAAUCGGCUCUAGAGGUUGUCUGGAAUAAGGGCUCACAAAGCUCUAGUGCACCUGCCGAAGAGCCAAGCACCUCCUCUUUUAUGGGUCGCUUCAGGACCAUGUCCCAGUCUACAGCCAAUGAUUCCAGCACCACCAUCGACUCUGACGUCUACACAGAACCCUUCUACUACAAGGCUGAUGAUGAAGAACAAGUCUCGGAGCAACCUGUGGACAGCGAGACACAUUACGUCGAGGUGAUGGAGCAAGUGCUUGCCAACCUUGAGAACAGGACAAAUGCCAAUGAGCCAGAGGAACAGUACCAAGAAGAGUAUGAAGUCUCACAAGAAUACGACAUUUCACAAGAAGGAAACCCAGUGUUGGAAUAUGACUGCAGUCUAGAUGAACAGUACGACGAAGAAUACAGCGAGGACUACGAUGACAACCAGAUGACAGAGGACACAGCAGAGUAUGAGGCCAUGAUUGAGUACAUCGAAGAAACUGAGGAACCAGAGGAAGAGACUGACAAACUAGAAGAUGAAGAAGAAGUGGAGGCAGAGGUGUGUGAAACUGCACAGACACAAGAAGCAGAGCAGGUCAAAGAAACCUUGACUCAGGAAGACGAAAACAAAAAUGUCACAGAAGCCCCUGCUGCAGUGGUGGAACAAGCCCCGAAGAAAAGGAUACGACCUACCUUUAAGGAAGCUGCUCUGAGGGCCUACAGGAAGCAGAUGGCUGAGCUGGAGCAGCAGAUUCUUGCUGGAGACACCGCUGCUUUGGAGUCACAGGGUCGUGGAAGCAUCCUGGACCCUGUGAAGCUAGGCCUGACUGGAGGAGGGGCUGGCAGCAUUCUUUACGGCAUUGACAGCAUGCCAGAUUUACGGCGGAAGCGGACCGUGCCUAUCGUCAGGGACCUGGCUUUGACUUUGGCUGCUCGAAAGGCAGGCAUUUCAUUCGCGCUCGUGACCAGAUCCACCCUCAACAACGAGGACCUAAAACUGCAGGUCCUGAGGAAGACACUACAGGCUUUGAUCUAUCCCAUCUCUUCCACCACACCCCAUAAUUUUGAAGUCUGGACAGCAACAGCCCCAACAUACUGCCACGAGUGUGAGGGGCUGCUGUGGGGUAUCGCGCGACAGGGAAUGCGCUGCACAGAGUGUGGGGUCAAAUGUCACGAGAAGUGCCAGGACCUGCUGAACGCAGACUGCCUCCAGCGUGCCGUCGAGAAGAGCUCCAAGCAUGGUGCAGAGGACAAGACCCAGAACAUCAUCAUGGCCAUGAAGGAGAGGAUGAAGAUCCGGGAAAAGAACCGUCCAGAGGUUUUCGAGGUCAUCCAGGACAUGUUUCAGCUCUCCAAGGAGGACUUUUUGACCCACCUGAAGAGCGCCAAGCAAGCCGUGCUGGAAGGAACGUCCAAAUGGUCAGCCAAGAUCGCCAUCACUGUUGUUUGUGCCCAAGGCCUACAGGCCAAGGACAAAACAGGCUCCAGUGACCCCUACGUCACCGUCCAAGUGGGCAAGACCAAACGGAGGACGAAAACCAUCUUUGGCAACCUCAACCCUGUCUGGGACGAAAAGUUUUUCUUUGAAUGCCACAAUGCCACUGACCGCAUAAAGGUGCGCGUGUGGGAUGAGGAUGAUGACAUCAAGUCUCGUGUGAAGCAGCACUUCAAGAAAGAGUCUGACGACUUCUUGGGCCAGACCAUGAUUGAGGUCCGGAUGUUGAGCGGAGAAAUGGACGUUUGGUACAACCUUGAGAAAAGGACAGAUAAGUCUAUGGUAUCUGGGGCCAUCAGGCUGAAGAUCAGUGUGGAGAUGAAGGGAGAGGAGAAAGUGGCUCCGCCCCAUGGCCAGUACACAUGUUUACAUGAGAACCUGUUCCACUACCUGACGGAGGUGAAGAACAACGGAGCUGUGAAGAUUCCUGAGGUCAAAGGUGACGAGGCGUGGAAGGUUUACUUCGAUGACGUUUCUCAGGAGAUAGUGGACGAGUUUGCCAUGCGGUUCGGCGUGGAGUCCAUCUACCAGGCCAUGACUCAUUUCUCCUGCCUUUCAUCUAAGUACAUGUGUCCUGGUGUCCCAGCUGUAAUGAGUAACCUGCUGGCCAACAUCAACGCCUACUUCGCCCACACUACCACCGCCACCACCAACAUCUCUGCUUCAGACAGAUUCGCCGCUUCAAACUUCGGGAGAGAGAAGUUUGUAAAGCUCUUGGAUCAGCUGCACAACUCCCUGAGGAUUGAUCUGUCCAAGUAUCGGGACAAUUUCCCUGCCGGAAACCCAGAGAGACUCCAGGACCUGAAAUCAACAGUGGACCUUCUAACCAGCAUCACCUUCUUCAGGAUGAAGGUGCAGGAGCUGCAGAGCCCCCCCAGAGCGAGCCUGGUGGUGAAGGACUGCGUCAGAGCCUGCCUCGACUCUACUUACAAGUACAUCUUCGACAACUGCCAUGAGCUCUACAACCAGCUACUGGACCAGUCGAAGAAGCAGGAUUUGCCUCGGGAAGAGCAGGGUCCCUCCAUAAAGAAUCUGGAUUUCUGGCCCAAGCUCAUCACGCUGAUGGUGUCGGUGAUUGAUGAGGACCGUACGGCAUACACACCUGUCCUUAACCAGUUCCCUCAAGAGCUGAACAUGGGGAAGAUCAGCGCUGAAAUCAUGUGGAACCUGUUCGCCAUGGACAUGAAAUACGCCAUGGAGGAACACGAGAAACAGCGUCUGUGCAAGAGCACGGAGUACAUGAAUCUGCACUUCAAAGUCAAAUGGUUCUACAACGAGUAUGUGAGAGACCUGCCGGCCUUCAAGGGGACUCCACCGGAAUAUUCACUGUGGUUUGAGGCUUUCGUCAUCCAGUGGUUGGAUGAGAAUGAAGACGUUGCCAUGGAUUUCCUGAAUGGAGCUUUGGAGAGAGACAAGAAAGAUGGAUUCCAGCAGACGUCUGAGCAUGCUUUGUUCUCCUGCUCGGUGGUGGAUGUGUUCACGCAGCUGAAUCAGAGUUUUGAGAUCAUUAAGAAGCUGGAGUGUCCAAACCCGCAGGCUCUCGCCCACUUCAUGUGCAGGUUUGCUAAGACCAUCAACAAAGUUCUCCUGCAGUACGCUGCCAUCAUCUCCAAAGACUUCAGCUCCCACCUCAGCAAAGAGAAAGUGCCCUGCAUCCUCUUGAACAACAUCCAACAGCUUCGGGUUCAGCUGGAGAAGAUGUUCGAGUCGAUGGGAGGAAAGCAGGAGGAGGGGGUUGUGGCCUUCUGUAAGCUGGAUGCUGAGGCCAGCGAUCUGCUGAAAGAGCUUCAGAAUAAACUCAACGCAGUGCUGGAUGACCUCAGCAGGGUGUUUGGAUCAAGCUUCAAGCCAGUUAUUGAGGACUGUGUGAAGCAGAUGAAUCAGGAGCUGUUACAGAUGAAGGGGAACGCCGGGAACAAAAGCAACGCCGCCAUGGACGCCGAGACCGUCCUGCGGCCACUGAUGGACCUGCUGGAUAAAAAUCUGAUUCUGUUUGCCAAGAUCUGUGAGAAGACUGUGCUGAAGCGGGUUCUGAAGGAGCUGUGGAAAAUCGUGCUGAACACCAUCGAGAGGCAGAUUGUCCUGCCUCCUCUAACAGACCAGACGCAAGGAGCUCAGAUGAUUUUCAACGCUGCCAAGGACCUGGGACAGCUCUCCAAGCUGAAGGAACACGUGAUCCGGGAGGAGGCUCGCAGCCUGACGCCACGACAGUGUGCAGCAAUGGACCUGGUGCUUCCCACCAUCAAGCAAUAUUUCCAUGCAGGCGGAAACGGCCUGAAGAAAACCUUCCUGGAGAAGAGUCCUGACCUGAAGUCCCUGAAGUACGCGCUCAGCCUUUACACCCAACCCACAGAUGCCUUGAUCAAGAAAUAUAUAUGCACCCAGACCUCUCAAGGUCAGUCGACGGCCAGCUCGGUGGGGGAGGUGCAGAUGCAGGUGGAUCUUAUCUCUCACCCAGGCACCGGCGAACACAAAGUCAGCGUGAAGGUGGUGGGCGUGAACAACAUCAACUGGCAGACGAACGCCAUGUUCCGGCCUUUCGUGGAGGUCAACGCUGUCGGACCACACCUCAGCGACAAGAAACGCAAAUUCAGCACCAAAACCAAGAACAACAACUGGUCACCCAAAUACAACGAAACAUUCCAGUACAUCCUGAGUAACGAACACGGGCCGGAGGCCUACGAGCUGCAUGUGUCAGUGAAGGACUACUGCUUCGCCCGCGAGGACCGAAUCAUCGGCAUGACCGUGCUCCAGCUCCGAGAACUGACCGACAAGGUCAGCCUGAACGCCUCGUACCCCCUCGUCCGCAGCAUCACCAUGGACGAAACGGGCCUGACCAUCAUGAGAAUACUCUCGCAAAGGACCAAUGACGAGGUGGCCAAGGAGUUUGUACGCCUCAAAUCAGACACGCGGUCGGCCGAGGAGGUGUCGUAAGAAAAAAGAAAAAAAGAGCAAAAAGAGAAGAGCAAAAAAAAAAAGCGAGAAGGGAACCAAA